CAUCCAGCAGCUCCCUUCCUGCUGCUGCUGGAUGCGGAGCAGGCAGGGACCCCGGUCGCCAUUUUUAUGGUAGAUCCAGAAGCCCAUCCCCCUCGCGCAUCUUCACUGGGAAACGUUCCGACUUUCAUUCAGCUCAGCGGGAAGCGCCCGGCCGCAUGCACGGUACUGAAAAAUGGCUUCACCAAGGACAAUAACCAUUGUGGCUCUUUCUUUUGCUCUGGGUUUAUUUUUCGUGUUUAUGGGGACCAUUAAGCUCACCCCGAGACUAAGCAAAGAUGCAUACGACGAAAUGAAAAGGGCAUACAAGAGUUAUGCCAAAGCAUUGCCGGGCCUGAAGAAGAUCGGGAUCAGCUCAGUCCUGCUACGUAAGAUCAUUGGCUCUCUGGAGGUGGGCUGUGGGGUGGUUCUCACCCUUGUACCAGGCCGGCCAAAGGACGUAGCCAACUUCUUGCUGCUGCUUGUCAUGCUGGCUGUGCUCUUCUUUCACCAGCUAGUAGGAGACCCCCUGAAACGGUACGCCCACGCUCUAGUCUUUGGUAUUCUGCUCACCUGCCGAUUGCUCAUUGCUCGCCAGAGUGAUGACCGGCCAGAAAGAGAGGACAGCAGAGAGGAACAGCACAUCAACGAUCAGGAAAAGAACAAGGUCAAGCAGUCUUAAGGUCUUUCCUCUUGGUCUAUGGAUUGUAGUCAUUCAAAUUUUGAAGGAAACAUUCACUCCUACUAAUAAUACUACACACACACACAUCCUCUGUCCCAUCCAGCUGCUGACUGAUGACUCUCACCUACUCCUCUACACUCUUACUGUGAAACUGAGAACUCCUGACCCAUCCAUCCUCUACAUAACCGUGGACAAUCGUACCUUUGGAAACUGAUGAGCUCAGCUCAUUGUCACGUUUAUCCAUCCCUGUUUCCCUAUUUAUUUCAGUCCUACACUGUGUUCAAUGUUUUACUCUACUAAGAAUCUCUGUUAUGUUUUAGGUUGAUUUGAGAAUGCUGUUUUUCAUUGAAGAAUCUUUGUUGUUUUUCUUUCUAAUUUGUUUUUAUAUUGUAGGUAGGAGAGGUUAAUGAUGAAUUUCAAGCAUGUUUAAUUUGGUCAAAUUUACAGAGUUUAAACUAAAAAAGGCACUGAUAAGGGGAAUUUUGGACUUGCUGUACUUUUUUAAUUCGUCUUACAUAUCCAGGUCUGAUGUUGAUGCAGUGUUACCCAGUGACUCCUUCAGUUAAAAAAACAACCUAUAAAUCCUUUUUCAUUUUUCAUCUCAGUAGACUUUUGCAGAAGUACGCAUGAAAUCUUCUCAAAGUAAAAUAAGCUGAAUAUCAUCCUUUCAGUUCUGUUAUUACACUGAAGUUGUUUAGCUGGGAAUGAUGGUGCUCGCUGCCUCAGACGUCGGCAGCCUGCUUGUACUGCAGAACACAACCAAAUCAGAAGAGUAUUUUCUCAUUGAAACUCAAUUUUACCAUUUGUAAUUCACAGUUGGAAGUCUUAAAUUCUAAUCACGGGUUUGUUUCUUCUUCUCUAAAGAUAUGAAAAUAAUUCCUACUGCGGUUGAAAAUACUGUCAAUUUUGAGACUCACAAUAUUUCUGUAAAUGAUAUACUUAAAAUAAAGAAUUGGAGCUCA